CUCUCAUAAAGACUAACAGCUGAACAGCGACGCCUCAGUCAGUAACAUCGCGACGCCCAGUUCAAACGCUCUACCACAAUGUCUAGACGCAACAAGGACCUCGAAGCCGAAGUCUUAACCUGGAUCUUCGGCUGCAUUGGCGAGCCAGUUCCCGCUGGGGAUUUCGAAGACAUCCUCAGGAAUGGAGUUGUCCUUUGCAACUUGAUGAAUAAGCUAGCCCCUGGAUCCGUGAAGAAGAUCCAGCCCAAAGGAACCAAUUUCCAACUCAUGGAAAACAUCCAGAGGUUCCAAGCCGCCGCUAAGGCCUAUGGUCUGCCCCAAGAGGAAAUUUUCCAGACCGCCGAUCUUUUCGAGAAGAGAAACAUCGCCCAAGUGGCCCUGUCUCUCUUCGCUCUUGGUCGCAUAACCCAGAAGCACCCAGAAUGGAACGGGCCUCAGCUAGGUCCGAAAAUGGCUGAAAAGAACGAAAGAAACUUCACGGAAGAGCAGCUGAGAGCGCAUGAAGGCGAAUUGAACCUGCAGAUGGGGUACAACAAGGGUGCCUCCCAGUCAGGUCAUGGUGGCUUCGGCAACACCCGCCACAUGUAAACCACCCUUUUUUUCUACACUUCGUGCAUAUUUAUUUAUUUUUAUAACUUCAAUGUAUUUAUUAGGAUAAUACUAUAGUACCUACGUAUGUUAUAAAAUGUAACUAUCUUUGGAUUUAUUAUAUGAUUUUUUACGA